AGCUUUGAAUCACCGCCUCUGUUUUUUUUCUCCUUUCUGAUUGUAUAAUUCGACUUCUUCCGUAGACCUCGCUCUAAUCACACCCUAUUACCAUCCCUAAAUCCAGGGUUUUCGUCGCAGGAGGAAAGGAGAAGAACUAGGGUUUAUAUUCAGCUAUGGCCAUGCAAACUGGGAUGGGCUUUUCUAAGAUCCUGAUUUUGGUCGGAGCAGGGUAUACUGGUUCGAUAUUGUUGACUAAGGGUCGGUUGUCGGAGUUAUUGGGAGAGUUACAGGACCUGGUGAAAGGAUUGGAGAAAUCUAGAGACCCGUCAAAUGGCGACUCCGAGUAUUCUGAUGCCAUUGCUUCCCAGGUGCGCCGGCUAGCAAUGGAGGUCCGGCAACUUGCAUCAUCACGCCAGAUAACUGUUCUAAAUGGAAAUGGUGGCCAGAUAGGAAACAUAACAUCCUUCGCUAUGCCUGCUGCGGCCAUAGGGGCAUUGGGCUAUGGAUACAUGUGGUGGAAGGGUUUGUCCUUCUCUGAUUUAAUGUAUGUGACCAAGAGUCACAUGGCAAAUGCUGUUUCAAGCAUGACGAAUCAUCUGGAGCAAUUAACCAAUUCUCUUGCGGCUGCAAAGAGGCAUUUGACACAACGGAUUGAAAACUUGGAUGGGAAAUUGGAUGAUCAAAAGGAGAUGUCAAAAUUAAUUAAGAAUGAGGUAUCUGAAGUUGGUGCUAAACUUGGUCAAAUUAACUAUGACUUGGGUUCACUGCAGGACAUGAUUCGUGGUCUCGACGGGAAGAUUGUAACAUUGGAAGACAAACAGGACAUUGCAAAUGCUGGUGUGUGGUACCUAUGCCAAUUUGUUGGCUCGAAAGAUCCGAAAAUGACUGAUUUUUUCAAGGCACUUCCUGAACCUCCUAGUAGGGCACGUGGUUUUAUCACACAAUCAGGGACUCAGGGUCUGAAGCAAAUUAUGGAUAGCAUGACAUCGGACAAAACCGGUAAAACUGAUGCAGGCAUGCAAUCUGGAAUUGAUAGAUUCGACAGCAACCCAAGAAGUGUGACCAGGACUGCCUCGAUCAAAGGAUUCUAAAACUAAUGAUGAAAAAAAGAUGAUUUGUAAAGUCUCCCUAGUUUCUUGAAUUGAAUAAUUGUACCCGAGUGAGCAGGCUUGGGUGAUUACUGUUUGUCUGAUGUUUGUACCCCUUUGGCUCAAGGGAAAUUUCAUAUUGUUUGAUUAAUCAAAUGC